AUGUCGGUCGCCUCCGCAUUGCCACUCCUCUCGCCGCUCGUCACACGCAUCCUCGAACUCUCGGGAUUCCCUCCGCACCUCAAGACGCGCGAUCUGCAGCAUGCCUUCGCCAUCUACGAGGACGACAAGGGCGGCUACAAGAUCAAGUGGGUCGACGACACCACCGCGCUCAUCAUCUUUGCCGACCCGGCCACCGCCAAGAAGGCGUACCUGCGCACCAUCAUGGCGCCGCCGCAGCAGCUCAUCAACGACACCGGCGUGCCUGCCAGGAUCAAGCCGUACGAUGGCGACGAUGCCAGCGCCAUCAUCUCGAGCGUCUCGAAUCGACAGCGCUCGCGCUCCAACGCCGGCGGUGUGAUGGGCAGCCCCACCAAGCAGCCCGCCGAGCUUCCCAUGCCCGCCACGCCCGACCACUCCAAGCCGCUGCGCGGCCAUGCACACACGCCGUCGUUCGGCCGCUCGCUCGGCCACCGGCGUCAGCAGAGCGGCUCCAACCCCAACCUUCCGCCCAAGCCCGUAGCUGCGGCGUUGUUCGAUGCGGCCAAUGGCGGGCCCUCGCCCGCGAACCGCGUGCUGGCAGGCGUCGAUACGCUCAGUGGCAUCGCGGGCCUGCCUGCCAAUCCGGUGGUUGCGGCGCGCUCGUCGCUCGUCGCCGACUCGCCCACCAAGAUGUCGCGCACCAACAGCAACGGCGCAGCCAGCACGGGCUCGGACGCGAUCGAGUCGGAGCUGGCGAGUCUGUCGCUCGUGAGCACCGCUUCGGCAUCGCGCACUGCUACGCCGGAUGGGUUGAUGGCAGCAGCACCCAUCGGCAAUGCAGCCAAACGGUUCAGUCCCGCGAGCGCACCAAGUGCGUUGCGUCAGUCGCCACUACCGCGCGGCCAAACAGGUGCAGCACCCCAGUCGACCACAGUGGGAUGA